CAGGUAGUCACGUUACUCUCCGCAUACAUCUGAUGUAUAUACAGUAUGCCUACGUUCGUAUGGCGCGCCGUGUGUUUCAAUAACAAUGUCUGCAUGUACAUAAUUUAUAGGCGUGUCCUGGUGUGAAUAUACCGAGAUAGCAUGCACGUGCAAUGAUCGCCUUAUGCAGUGAUCAUGUCUGCACAUGCAACCAUUAGUCUCUGCGUGUGCAGUGAUCAUGUCUGCACAUGCAACCAUUAUAGUCUCUGCGCAUGCAGUGAUCAUGUCUGCACAUGCAACCAUUAAUCUCUGCACAUGCAACCAUUAGUCUCUGCACAUGCAGUGAUCAUGUCUGCACAUGCAACCAUUAAUCUCUGUACAUGCAGUGAUCAUGUCUGCACAUGCAACCAUUAGUCUCUGCGUGUGCAGUGAUCAUGUCUGUACAUGCAGUGAUCAUGUCUGCACAUGCAGUGAUCAUGUCUGCACAUGCAACCAUUAGUCUCUGCACAUGCAACCUUAACCAUUAGUGUCUGCAGUGAUAAUAAUUAUAAUUAUGUCCUUUUUCUUAGCUGAUUUUGCGACUCUCCAUAUGUGCAUGCGCAGUAGAAGUUUGCCCUCGUGGCUACGUGUUGUGAAUGUUUAACGUUUGAAAAAAAUGUGUUCCAGCCGAGUACUUCAAUCAGAUUCGUCUUCAUCCAUGUCCAUAUCAUCUAUAUAUCCAUCAUUAAUUUUUAAUACAUCUUUGAUACACGUGCUUUAAAUAGAGCUGCUGCAUCAGGUCAAAGUAUAUGUUUCUCUAAUGGGACUCAGGUACACCUUUAGCCUCGAGACCAGGCCGAUUAAAAUACGUAUUUUAAUCGGCCUGGAUUCGAGGCUAGUAUAUACACUUAAACGGCCGGUACUGAGGCUGCAGUCCAUGCUAUGAACCUCGCAUUUAAUUCUAAAGAAGAAAACGCGGUACUUUUGGUCGAUGCUAGCAAUGCAUUCAACUCUCUAAACCGCCAGACGGCACUUAGAAAUGUCAGGGUCCUCUGUCCAUCCAUUUCAACCAUUCUCAUUAAUACUUACCGCCAGGACACGGAACUGUUCGUCGAUGGAUCCACUCUGUUAUCCCAGGAAGGCACCACCCAGGGUGACCCAUUGGCAAUGCCCAUGUACGCCAUCGCCCUGAAACCCCUAAUGGACAGAGUUAACCAGUCCGUAGAAGUCACCCAGGCAUGGUACGCUGAUGACGCUGCUGCCACUAGUGACAUCCCUGCUCUUCACAGAUGGUGGGAGGAGCUGAUCAACAUUGGCCCUGCCUAUGGAUACAUGGUCAACGCCUCCAAAACUCAUCUGAUAGUAAAAGCCAGCCAACUCUCAGAAGCCCAAACAACUUUCGAGGACACACAGAUCAACAUCACCACAAUUGGGAAACCACACUUAGGAUCCCCUCUUGGAAGCCAGGAAUUCACAGAGUCAUUCGUCAGAGAUAAAGUGCAGACCUGGUCAGAGGAACUGAAAAAAUUGUCGAUCAUUGCGAACACCCACCCUCAAGCCGCCUAUGCCGCUUUCACCCACGGCAUUGUAGGCAAAUGGACCUACCUAGCGAGAACCACCCCAAACAUAGGCCCACUAUUACAACCACUGGAAGACAUCAUAAGGACAAAAUUACUACCAGCCCUGUGUGGAAAAGCAGCCCCCAAUGACUCAGAAAGGGACCUGCUGGCACUUCCAGCUAGGCUAGGUGGAAUAGGGGUCAUCAACCCAACAACUCUGUCAGACUCGGCCUACUCUGCCUCCAAACAAAUCUCUGCGCCCCUCUACAACCUCAUACUAAAUGGAAGUCUGAACUAUACACACGCGGCUCUCACAGAGCAGUUUACUGCAAAGUUAGAGGUCAAAAAAAGAAAAAGGGAGCUCAACGUCACUUCUGCCGACCAGCUCAAGUCAAAUCUACCACCUAACCUCCAACGAGCUAUGAUCUUAUCCCAGGAAAAGGGAGCCUCAAACUGGUUAACAGUACUACCAGUGGAAGAAUUUGGCCUAGCACUGCACAAAGGUGCCUUCAGAGACGCACUAGCACUCAGAUAUGGAUGGCAACCCAAUGGCACCCCAAUCACAUGCGCUUGUGGCACCAACUUCACAGUGGAACAUGCAUUAUCAUGUGCAAAAGGCGGCUAUCCCUCCAUAAGGCAUAACGAGAUCAGAGACUUCACGGCCAACCUCAUGUCAGAAGUUUGCCACAAUGUCACCAUAGAACCACACCUACAACCCAUCACCGGCGAAAUUCUAUCAGGUGCAUCUGCCAACACACAAGAUGGUGCCAGAUUAGACGUGGCAGCAGAUGGUUUUUGGGGAAGCAGGUUUGAGAGAGCAUUUUUUGAUGUUAGGGUGUUCAACCCGUACGCUCCCUCAAACAGGCAACCGCAACUAUCCACAACCUACCGCAAGCAUGAAAACAUAAAGAAGAGAGCCUAUGACCAACGAAUCAGAGAUGUAGAAAACUCAACCUUCACUCCCCUCAUCCUGUCAAGUACUGGGGGCCUUGGACGUGCCGCUACCUCCACCUACAAGAGACUGGCGUCUCUCCUGUCAACAAAAUGGGAUCAGCCCUACAGCACCACCAUGGGAUGGAUCAGAUGCAGGCUGUCCUUCUCUCUCCUCAGAUCAGCCAUCAUGUGCAUUAGAGGGGCCCGAUCAAGCCAAGGGCACGCCACCAGACAGCCCCCAAUGGACCUAGUGACAAGCGAGUCCCUGGUCCCACCACACCCAUGAACUAACAACACUUGACUUAUUUGCCUGCAUGGUUCCUCAUUAUUAUUAUUAUUAUUUUGUACAUGUAAUUCUUCUUAGCCCCGAGAUGGGAGAGCUUUUACCAAAAAAAAAAAAAAAAAAAAAAAAAAAAAAAAAAAAAAGGCUAGUACACCUUGGGUUCAUGAUCACUGCAUGUGCACAGACUAAUGGUUGCAUGUGCAGACAUGAUCACUGCAUGUACAGACAUGAUCACUGCACACGCAGAGACUAAUGGUUGCAUGUGCAGACAUGAUCACUGCAUGUGCAGAGAUUAAUGGUUGCAUGUGCAGACAUG